AUGGCAAAUUACAAUGAGCAGAACAUUCCGCCACCUCCGCCACCGUAUACCGCUGAGGAAGCCAAAGUUACUUCAACGAUCACUUACAGUAAUAAUAUCCAACCAUCAAGCCAGCAGUUUACAACAUUACCUCAGAAGUAUGAUUUUCCGCCUACAGUGGCUUCACCUCCUUCACAACCACUUUUCAUGCCUAUCAUGAUGCAACAACCGAGUAUGCCAGCUACGCCUUAUCCUGAUAACAGGCCUGUAAACGUAAUUGUGAAUUCCAACAAUGCCGACAUUGCUGAUGGCAAAUUUCCAAGCGAUUAUCGAAUAUGCAUUUUUUGCAAACGUGGAGUUAUGAGAAGAAAAAAAGCAGUUCAUCUCCGGAAUUUACCUCUGACGAUGAUUGUAUUGAAAGGAAUCACACCAGUUCUUCAAACAGCGAGAAACCACAACGGUGGAAAACUACUACCUACAAGCUCAACACAAUGGUUAACCAAGAGUCCACGACCUUCGCCUCCACAACUCUAA